AUGCAAUCAGUGGUCUUAACCUACAAUUUUAUAUUAGAAGGAUUAGGUUUAGUGCAAUAGUGAAUUUUUAUUUUAUUUUAUUAAUUAAUUUAUUAAUUAAUAAUGAAGAAUUGGCGAGAUUCCGCGAGUAUAAUUUUAGCAGCAAACUAUAAAAAUUCAGCUAAAAAAGUGGAAACAAAUUAUGACUUCAAAUUACUUUGUUUAAAACGUCAUAAAGAUUCAUCAUUUAUGCCAGGUAAUUAUGUAUUUCCCGGUGGCGUUGUUGAACCAGCUGACGCAGACUUUAAAUGGAAAAAUUUAUACAAAAAAUUUGGAUUUAAUGAUAAACAUUUUUUAUCUCUAUUUCCUAAUGAUAAUUACAAUAAUUUAUCAUCAUCAUCAUCGCUGUCUAAAUCAAGGCCAAUCAUUUUUAAACCAAAAUCAGCGAACGAAUUACCGCGGGAGGUAUCAUUGAGGAUAACGGCAAUUCGGGAAACAUUUGAAGAAUGUGGUAUUUUAAUUGCACAAUCUAAUCAUAAAAAUUCAUCUCACGCUCACCAUUUUACAAUUAAUGAAAAAGAGCAAGUGGUUAAAUGGCAAAAAAAAGUCCACAAUAAUGCUACUGAAUUUUAUGAAUUGUGUGAAUCAUUACAAUGUUAUCCAGAUUUAUGGUCACUGCAUGAAUGGAGCAGUUGGUUAACACCAGCGUUUCUUGAUGGAAAACGUUUUAAUACUAUUUUUUUUACUGCAUGUUUGAAAAAUAUACCUGAUGCUGAAUUUGAUCCCAAGGAAAUGGAAGAUCUGAGAUGGGAUACUCCUAGAAACUUGAUUGAUAAAUCGGCGGAAUUUAAAUUUGCACCACCGCAACAAUAUGAAAUAUACAAAAUUUCUAAAAUUUAUCAGUUGGAUAAUCUGCUGAAGUAUGCGAUUGAGCAAAAUAAAAAGGGCGCAUUGUUUAAUUUACCUAUACGAGUUAAAUUAUCAAAUGGAAUUAUUUAUUUAUUGCCUGGAGAUGUCACAUAUCCAGAAGAUAUUCAUUUAACUGAAGUACGUGAUAUUGUUAAAAGCAAUUUGACUAUCCACGAGUUUCAUAAUCAGUCUGUUGGACAAAAAAAUCGCAUUGAGUUUCACAAAGGGAAGAAUACAUUGAUAAAAGUAAUAGAUGAUUGACAUUAACUCAUUCAUUAUUCGAAUACUCAGUGUUUUUAAAUUUUUUUUAUUGUUUUAUAAAAUUUAUUCUAUCGAGUUUAAAAUAUUUUUAUAUUUAAAAAAUAAAUAAAAGAAGAUCUGAUGGUUGGAAUUAGUCUUCAAAAUGUU